AUGCAGAAGCCGCGCCUCCUACUGCGCUCCCAGGAUGUCUUCCACGCGUUUCUUAUGCAUGCUGAAGAGCAGGCCCAGCUUCUUCAGGCUCGCCACCGACCCGUCCGUGAACAGGUCUCACGUUCCCUUGUCCUGGCCGGCUGGGCGGGGCGGUGCGUCACCGUGGUUCUCUUCGUCAUCCUGCUCCUGGCACCCUGUUUCUACCAGGCGCCGAAGGCGAGGAGGGCGCCCACCGUGGAGGAGAGCCCGAAGGGCCGGCUCGUGAUUUUUCUGGCGGCAACGGCCGGUCUCAUCUACGUGAGCACAGACCAGUUUGCGCUGAACCUACCGCAGAUGGAGCUGGAUUUGGAGGGGACUCAGACGAUGCUCAGUGGCUCCGUGCAGCUGAACGUGUUCCUGAAGUCGCUCUUCGGCUUCGUGAUGGCGCCGCUCUCCGACCGCAUUGGGCGACGGCCCGUGCUGACGACCUGCCUGGUGCUUCUGGUCUUCAGCUCUCUUUGUUGCGGGGUGGCGUCCAACAUCUGGUUUGUGGCUGCACGCGUGCUCCAAGCAGUGGGGGAGGGAGCCGAGCCGAUACUCUUUGCGAUCGCGCGAGAUUCUUUUCCAGAGGAGGAGAGGGUUGCUGCGCUCGCCUGGCUCUCGAUGAUGACUGCCCUGAGCUCUGCGUUCGGACCCAGCCUUGGAGGACUUCUUGCUACGUGGUGGGGUUGGCGUGUGACCUUCAUAGUAGUGGCAGCGUGCUGGAUGGCAUUGGCUUGUUAUUGCUACUUUAACUUGGUGGAAAGUGCUCCAAUGUCAGACGAAGGCCAGAAUUACCUUCAGGACCUCCGCACGAUUUGCACAAGUCCCUACCUCUUGGGCUUAUUGCUGGCAGAAGGAUGCGUCGUUUCAACGUACUACAUAUUCAUGAGCAAUGGCGGCUACGCCAUGGAGGUGAACAUGGAUUUGUCCACCACAACCUGUUGCUUUGUCAUGUUUGUCUUCGGUACAUGA